CAGAUCUGAGAUAUAACAUGUAUGUUUCAGGGAAAAGAAACAGAAAACAAACAAAUCGAAUACCUAGUUCAACUAUCUUUGAUGAAUGAUUAACACUUUAUAUUAUAUAAGUGGAGUUUCGGAAAGCAAUUGUUAAGUUAGUUGGGUGUUUAAUAACUUUUUUGACUUCGGUCCAUUUAAAAUACUUGCAGCAAAAUAAAUUGUUGAUAUGGUUUCGACACGGAAGCGUAUUGCUAUUAUAAUAUGUGUGAUCGUUCUAUUAGUUUGUUUAUUGAGAAUAUUUUUCUGGAAUUCACCUAUACCAAUUUUGACAACCCAGCGGUACAACGAAAGCAAUGGAAGGCCUCCAGUACCCGUGGUUGUAAUGGUGUUUUAUGAGGCUUUGUGUCCGGACUCAAAGUAUUUCCUCACCAAGCAGCUGCUCCCAACUUUCAAGGUUGCUGCAUCAAUUAUGGAGGUGAAACUUGCGCCUUAUGGCAAGGCACGGACAAACGAAUUUGAUGACAAAGUAUCUUUUGAAUGUCAGCACGGACCUGCGGAGUGCCAAGCAAACAUUUACCAUGCAUGUACCGCGAAGAUAAUAAAAGACCCGUUCCUGCGGCUACAAGUUGCCACAUGUAUGAUUAGAGAUAAUCGUUUACCUCAAGAUGCUAUGCAUAAGACGGACCUAUCAGCCGGAAGGAGGAAAAAGGACAUACCAUACCCGGAGAACUGAGAAGGACCGAAGUGAUGAGAACGAUUAUGCAACAGUGCAUAUUAGUCCAUGGACAGGCAAUGGACGUGCAAACACUAAAACGAGAAGAAGCGAUCGUAAAAAUGGAACUGGGAAAGGCAAGAGUAAUGGUCGGAGCGAAAACGUUUGACCAUAUAAUAAACUUUAAGGACAACGAAGGUAAUAUUGUACAGAUCGAAAAUGCGUUGUUAGACAUAGCGAAUGUUAGGUUCUCAGGUAAGGCCGUCUAGGUGGUUAAGGAAAAAUUUUACCAGGUGAAGGAAAGGUUAGAAACACUUAGAUCAAAAGGGGAAUUUUAAUGGAUAAGGAAGCAUGAUAAAAAUAGUUUCGGGAAAUAUGGACGCGUAUGAUGAGGAGAAAAUAGGAAAUAGAAUAAAAGAAAUAAGAAACGAAACAAGGUUUCUUACAGGAGGAGCGAACAAGCAAAGAACCUUUUAUCAGGAAACCUUGAAUAGGUUUACGAAAAUUACUAAGCAUAUAAGCAAGGAGCAGGAAGAUAUAAAUUUGUUUAUAAAAAAUUAUAAAAAUAACGUAUUUAAGGAAUUAACACAAGAGCACAACGAAAUACAUAUGCUCCAGCAUUUGAAUACGAUUAGUUACAGUGUUGAUUGGUUAGCAGUGCACUUGAACAAUAUUGCGGAGAGCGAAACUUCGGAUUGUGCCUAAAUUCAUUUUAGCAGAGACUGAAUUAGAUAGAAUUAUACAGUUUGUCGAGAGUCAAGGGCUCAAAAUUGUUUCAAAUGAACAAGUAUAUGAAUUAAUAAAUAUACAGGCACAAAUAAAUGAAACAGACAUAAUAUUUAGGGUAAGAGAUCCAAUUUUUGAGCCAACUGUCUAUCAAUUCAUGUUAUACCAAUUGCAAUUAAUGGGACACAUUUAUUAGUAAUUCCAAAUUAUGUAGCAAUUAAUAUGUAUAAAAUAAGCUUCUUUAACAAACAAUGUUGAAAAGUUCAUGAAACUUUUAUUUACGAGAGCAAAGAGUUGGUUGUUGAGAUAAAAGGAAAGGAGUGUUUGAGGAAGAUUUUAACGAACAAACCACCAAUAUACGAUUCAGUAAAUCUAAAGGGGAGAGAAAUGGUUUUGGCACCUGAGGAUGGACACAUAUUCAUUUUAAAUGCCUUGGACUUACCUGUAAACAACACGUGUGGAGAAGAUAUGACAGUAUCGGGGGCGCUAGCAAUCAAAUAUGCAACUGUUCGAUCAAAAUAAGUGGCAUAAAUUAAAAUGCCCAAGUUAUGGAACAUAAAGAGGACCAUAUAGUACUUACCACUACAAAAGGUAAGCAGAUACUUAUAAAUAACACCAAACAGAAUUUAAACCUAGAAGUUUUACAUCUCGAAGAUAUGAGAAACCUCAAAAAGUAGUGUCCAUAGGAACAGUACAGGAGAAAUAUUUUUCCGUAAUAUACGUUGAUGCUUCUAACGAUAACGGUACUGGCAAUAUGGAGAAUUAGAAAAACAAAAACAAUCUUCACCCCCACCCCCUUUCCUGCACAAUGUCGCUCUGGAUAUACCACAGAUGUGGCCAUCGCUCCAAUCGGGGGGGAGGAGUUACCAUACCGGAACCAUCGACUACGACACCGCCUAAACCCCCUUGCUACCCUCUUCCAAUUGGACAGCGACCGGCAGCUAGCCGUUCGUUAUCCCACACAGGAUUGACAUGAGAAAUGCAACAUCAGCACAAGGCAGGUUGUUGCUAAACGACACCCACUCAGCAGAGCUCUAGAAAAUACUUUGUUAGUAUUUAUACACCCACACAUACAUAAUUGUAAACACAUAAAAUUCUUUGGCGAAGGUUCGGCUUGAAUCUCAAGCCACAAUAAAGAUUAUUCCGUUUGGAACAACCUAA